AUGGUUCGUUUAGCGUGCGCGAGGGUUUUCACAGUGCUCGUUAUUAUUGUCCAUGCUGCUGAAAGUCAGACAUGGGUCAGUCUGCCGAUGAACGUUCCGCAAAAUCUAUCGGACCUGGUCUUCGAUGGUCCCACAGUCCCAACACUUUUCGGAACUCCCCCACAAGUGAUUAAUUCCACCCUUGAUUUGAAUACAGCCAAGCUAGCCGUGUACUCAUCGGACUGCGUUUUAUGUGCCGGCAACACGUCCUUCGAUGUUUCCAUGUCAUCGACUGCGAAGCCCCUCAAUUAUUCGUGGCCCUAUUCAACGCAGGCUUACAGCGGUAAUAUGUAUAGCGACACUUUUGGAUUUGGCGGCCUUCUUCAAGUGGCUGACACUCCGUUCGGCUUGAUUGAGACUGGUGGUGAUCCCGCUCUUGCAUACAUGUUGUACAAUGGCCGCCUGGGCCUUUUCCCGGACCCUCUCGACGCCACCGCAGCGUCGCGACAUUUUCUCUUACAAAUGUACCAGUCGGGCCAACUGUUAAAUCCGGUCGUGGGGAUGCGCUUUGACCCAAUAAAUCCCAAAAUCACUAUCGGUGCUUUGGAUCCCAACGAUUAUCAAGGCCACAUCAAUUGGGUGCCGUUGACAACUCCCAAUGCUACAUGGACGUUCCAGAACACAUUCAUGAUUGAUGGCUUGAAGGGGUACAAUGGAUCUUUCCUCCCUGAGAGCGAAAACUUGCUUGCGGUCCUUGAUUCGCUGUGGACUGGAAUCUCGAUGCCAAACGUUGAUACAUACGUGAAAAAUCAAGGCUUUGCUGGAAAUGUGCAUUAUAACCUCAAUUACAAGACCGGUGUUGCAUCGUACGUGUGCAACUCGACUGUCAAGCCCUACGUGGCUCUCACGGCCACUAUCAACGGAGUCGAUUACCCAAUGGACUCUCUUAACAACUUGUUACGACCUCUAGCAUCGAAUAUAGCUCCUGCAGGGUGUUGCCCAAUAGCCCCGACGAACAGAUCUGCUACCUUGCCAAACCUAAAUUUCGGAUUGCCAUUCCUUCGCAGCAUCUACCUAUUCCCAACUAACGGCUGCCCUGGCUUCUACGGCUUUGCCUUUCCUUCCGGUGAUGUGAACCGCACCGCUGCACAAAUAUCACAAACACCAACAACUACGCCUACGAACAGCGCACAGUGCCUCGCACUCAUCUCACCAACCUCAACGCCGACACCGUCAUUUGUGACUGCUCAACAAAUGCUUUUCUCUACCAAGAAGUACAGCGUGUAUGGCAGUCCACAGAACAUGUCAGUGCCUCUGAUGGGGGUUGAGAACUUCCCGGCAAUGGUGUGGAACUCGAGCUUGGGUAACUCGGGUUGA